AUGUCUGGUGAUAGAGAAACAAUAACAAUUGAACAAAGAGUUGCAAAUCAAUCAGAUCUCGAUGCAUUAACAUGUGCGAUUUGUUUGUCUCUGAUGACUUCACCAAUCAAACAAUGUGUGUCUGGCCAUCUUGGUUGUGGGAGUUGUUUGGAAAAGGUUUCAACUUGUCCUCAAUGUAGAGUAUCUAUUUCAAAUGGAGGAUUGUCAAGAUCACUCAUUACAGAUCAUAUGUUAUCACAUCUUAGGGUAAAUAAUCAAAUCGUCCUCAUAAAGGGACUAUAUUCUCCAAUUAUUCAUUGUGUGAAUUACUUUAAAUAUAAUCAAGAUAGCAAGAAAUGGGUAAAGGAUGCAAGAGGAUGUCAAGAGAUUGUAACUGUAGCAACAUCAGACGAUCACGAGUUAACUUGUAAAUAUAAUCUUUUAAAAUGUCAACAUCAAGGAUGCAAUGAAGAAGUAUUAAAAGAUGAUAUGACUAGUCAUCUUGCUCAAUGUAAACACCAACCAAAAGAAAAGAUAUCAUGUCCAUUUGGUACUGAUAUCUGUAAAUUUAUAGGAACAAAGAAAGAGGUUGAUCAACAUAUUCUAAAUUCAAUAUCAGAUCACAUAGAAUCAAACAAUCAAAAAAUGGAUGAUAAAAUCAAAGCACUAGAAAAAAAAUUUUCUGAAUCUAUGGAAUCAAUCAAGAAAUCAAAUACAGAGUAUGUGGAUCAAAAGAUAAAGAAAAACAAGGAAAAAACAAAGAUAUAUAUAAAUCAAUUAGGAAAUGAUUAA